AGUAAUUUAUCAUUUUCUCUCUAGGCUCGUAUUUUAUACUAUGCUCAGGAAAAAUACUUCAACCACGUCGUUCAUGUGACAAACGUUGAACUGUCAAAACAUCUUCACGAUGCGGUGCUGCUAUUCUUCAAAGGAUUUGGAACCUUGCUCCUUGGACGAAUCCAAGAAGGCAUUUCGCUCCUUGAGAACGCCCGGAAACGCCAUGCAGAUGUCUCUUUAUGCUGCCUCCUUGGUCUCAUUUAUGCACACAAACGAUGUGAAAAAGUUGAUUCCUCUGCUGUUUUGGAUUUAGAAACUAAAUUAAAGGAAAUCCGGAAGACUGCUGGAAGCAAUGCAUUGUAUUAUGCUGGAAUGUUUCUGUGGCUUAUGAAUAAAAAUGAUAAAGCAAAGGAGUAUGUUGACAAAAUGCUGAAAAUAUCCAAUGGUGCAAGAGAGGGACUUGUUUUGAAAGGAUGGGUAUAUGUUACAUCUGAUAAACCACAUGCAGUUAAGAAGUCUAUCAAGUAUCUUGAUGAAGGGAACCCAGACAGUUCAGAUAUAUUUGGGAUGAUGGGAAAGGCAAAAUAUUUUAUGGUGCAGCAGAAUUACUCAGGGGCUCUGGAAAUAGUUAGCCAGUUGGUAGUUACCAUCCCUUCCUUCACUCCAGCCCUUGUCACCAAGAUGAAGCUACAUUUAGCACUGCAAGACUGGGAGCAAAGUGUAGAAGAAAGUAAAAGAAUCCUAAGAAAGGAACCUAAUGAUAUAGAUGGACUUCAGUACCUGGUUGUAAACCACCUCACUAUGACUGGGAAUCAAACAAUGGCAUUGGAUACCCUUAGAGAAUUCAUUGGUGCUCUCGAGAUGAAAGAGCCCCAAAGACCAGAACUUCACCUUCAAAAAAUGUUAGUGAUCAGCAGACUGUCUGGGAAAAAUCAAGAUAUCCUACAGGAGGUAUAUGAGUUCAUUAGAAAAACAGGCAUCAACCUGCUGUCUUCUGAUGCUCGUUUUGCAAAUGAGUUAGGAUAUCAGCUGAUCCUUCAGGGGAACUGGAAGGAAGCUUCUGUGUGGUAUAGAAAAGCCACAGAACUGGAUGAAAAUACUAUUGAGUCACUGACAGGACUUAUAUGGUGCCAGGUGCUCGGAGGGAAAUUAGAGGAAGCAGAACAACAACUGGAAUUCCUAAAGGAAGUUCAGCAAUCCAUUGGAAAAUCUUCAACCCUAGCUUAUCUUCAGGCUGUGAUAGCUUCAAGAAAAAACAAGAAUGAACAGACCGCCAGUGCCUUUCUCAAUGAAGCUGCUGAACUUCAUUUUUCUGCUUUGCAUGGUCUUCCGUUGAGCAUUGAAUACUAUGAAAAACUCAACCCUAUGUUUUUGAUUGAAAUAGUGAAGGAGUAUUUGGUCUUCUGUCCGAAACAGCCACGGUUGCCUGGUCAAGUUUUAUCCUCUCUUCUUAAACAAGCAACUAUUAUUUUGAACCCAAUUGUGAAAGCAGCUCCUGGAAUGAUAGAGCCCCUUUUUCUAAUGGCACAGGUUAAAUAUUUAUCAGGAGAAUUAGAAACUGCCCAAGGCACCCUGCAGCGUUGUUUGGAGCUGGAUCCAACAUCAACAGAUGCUAACCUUCUUAUGGCCCAAAUUCACCUGUCUCAAGGAAAUAUAAAAGAAUGUGUCCACUCACUGGAAAUAGGGGUUAGCUACAAUUUUCAGCUUCGCGAUUCUCCACUGUAUCACUUCAUCAGGGCCAGAGCACUUAAUAAAGGUGGAGAAUACCCUGAAGCCAUUAAGGUCUUAAAAAUGCUUGUCAAUUUACCUCAAAUGAAAGGGGAAACUAAGAAAGGCCAGGGACCUCCUCUGACUACAAGUGAAAAAGUUUCUAUCUACCUGGAACUCGUUGAAGCUCUUCGACUCAAUGGAGAAUUGCACGAAGCUACAAAGAUAAUGCAAGAUGCCAUUAAUGACUUUAGUGGAACACCAGAAGAAAUCCGUGUCACUGUUGCUAAUGUAGAUUUGGCUCUCAGUAAAGGAGAGGUGGACUUAGCCUUAACCAUGCUGAGGAAUAUUACACCAAACCAGCCAUAUUAUACUGAAGUUAAGGAAAAGAUGGCUCAGAUUUAUCUUCAGACCCGAAAGGAUAAGAGAUUGUACAUUGGAUGCUAUUGUGAGCUCUGUGAAAAUUUACCUAGUCCUCAUACAAGCCUUCUCUUGGGUGAUGCCUACAUGAAUAUUCAAGAGCCUGAGAAAGCUUUGGAAGUUUAUGAAGCAGCUCAGAAGAAGAAUCCUUUGGAUGCAACUGUGGCAAGAAAAAUUGGACAAGCCUAUGUCUACACUCAUCAAUAUAAUAAGGCUAUUAAUUAUUAUGAAGUUGCUCUCAAGAUGAGCGAGCAGGACUUCUUAUGUCAUGAUCUUGCUAAUCUCCUCUUAAAGCUCAAAAAGUUUGGCAAAGCAGAGAAAGUAUUAAACCAAGCACUUGAUCAUGACCAAGCUGAUGACCUUCCUUCGAUGAUGAAGGAUGUUAAGAACCUGAUGUUACUAGCUAAAGUUUAUGAGACAACUAAAAGAGGACAAGUUGUUCUGGAAACUCUGAACAAGGCAUAUGACAUCCAGCAAAGAAUACUGAAGCGGGUUCGUGUUGAACAGCCUGAACUGAUACCUCCUCAGAAACAAGUGGCCAUGAUGAUCUGCGUACAGUUUGCUGAGUUUCACGGAGCAGAAAAGGAGUAUGAAAAAUCUGUGAAGUACUACACAGAAGCCCUCUCCUGUGUUCCAACAGACACUAAAGUACCAUUAAAAUUAGCUAAGAUGUAUUUGUUGCAAGGAGAUACAGAGCAAUGUGAGCACUAUUGUACCCUCCUGCUUCAGGAUGAUGACACAAGUGAAGAUGGAACAGUGAUAAUGGCAAAUCUGAUGUUUGAAAAAGAGAAGUACGAACAAGCUAUAAACAUGUACCGAAAUGUUUUGGAGAAAACACCAGAUAACUUCUCAGUCAUGGAGAAUAUGAUUGUCUUGCUGCGAAGGAGUGGAAAACUUGAAGAAGCUACAACCUUUUUUGAGUUGGCUAAGAAAAAGUCAUCCCGAAUGCCUUUGGAACCCGGUUUUAACUAUUGCAUGGGACUUUACUGCUGGCAUAUGAUGCAACCCAAUCAGGCCUUAAGGUUCUUCAACAAAGCACGUAAGGAUAGUGAUUGGGGCCAGAAAGCCCUAAGCUAUAUGAUUCAGAUAUGCCUAAAUCCCGACAAUGAAAUAAUCGGCGGAGAAGCAUUUGAGAACCAGAAUAAUAUCGAAACCAGUGCUCUAAAGGAAAAGAGAGAAUCUGAACAGCAUGGGAUCCGCACAGCUGAGAAGCUGCUCAAGGAGUUUUACCCUCACUCUCAGGAGGGCCAGAAUCAAGUGGAGAUGUUGCAGAGCUACUGUUUGAUGGCCACAAAAGAAAAACAUAACGUAGAGAAGGCCCUGAAAGUAUUCACAGAAAUUGGCCAAAACGAGCGAGACAGUGUUCCAGCCAUUUUGGCAAUGGCUCAGGCGUACAUGAUUCUUAAGCAUACACCUAAAGCCAGGACCCAGCUGAAACGCUUGACUAAGGUGAACUGGUCUUUGGAAGAUGCCGAUGAGUUAGAAAAGGCUUGGAUUUUGUUGGCAGAUAUCUACUGCUCUACUGGGAAGUACGACCUUGCAACAGAGCAAGUGAGGCGCUGCUUGCGGUACAAUAAGUCAUGUGCUAAAGCUUAUGAAUGCUUAGGAUUUAUUGCAGAAAAGGAAAAUGCUUACAAAGAUGCUGCAACUAAUUAUGAGUUAGCUUGGAAGUAUAGCAACCAAGCAAAUCCUUCUGUUGGAUUUAAACUUGCUUUCAACUACCUAAAAGAUAAAAGAUACACGGAGGCAAUAGAUGUAUGCCAUGAUGUUCUGAAAAUGUGCCCAGAUUAUCCAAAGAUUAGAGAAGAAAUUUUGGAAAAGGCUCAGACGGCAAUUAAACCAUAGCCUGUGCGAUGUGCCUACAGUAAAUCUGUGGAAGGAGCUGAAACAUAAAAACAAAACUUUCAAUAAAGCUGUUUU